UGAGCGGUGGAGGGGGUGAAGGUUGGGCUCCUAUGAUUGGACGAACCAAGGAAGAACUUUGAUGGUCGAUACCGCGGUCCGUCACUAGAGGGCAGUGCGGCCUCGCAUACACAACCAUCCCCACACACAUUCCCCGAAUUUUCUUCCUUCCCAGAGGCUUCUGUGACGCGUCUAAUGGCACUUCCGUUUUUUUCUUCUCCAGUAAGGCUAAAGCUGAUAUGGCCGCAAUGUUUACGUCCUGUCUGUGCUGCUGUAGUGGUGAUGGUGGAUCCGAUCAUAAACCUCUUAAUGAAAUGCCCACCGUUCAGCUCGACACGCACCACAUGGGCGCGGACGUUGUAGUGGUGAAGAGAGGGAGGCGGGUCUGUGGGCGUGGAGCAUGCCUCGGCUCCGCCCCUCUUCACCAGAACGAGAGCUACUUCGAGUUCAAGGUCCAGUCCACGGCUUAUCAGUGUGUCUUGCUUACUUUUGCCCAGAAAGGUUUGGUGCUCAGGCACGAUGGAUCUGUCUAUCACAACAACGAAGAGAAGAACUGCCUGCCAGCUAACAAUGUGCUAAGAUGUGCAAUAUUGCCACAUUCUUACAAUGUGGUAAGAAUGUGGCAAUAUUGCAGCAGCAAAUUUAUUCUGUUUAGGGGAAAAUGUGGACUGAAGUGUUUCUUUCCAAAACAGUCAUGUUUGCAUGUCUUUCAGGGAUUAACCUAUGACCAUGUGGAACUGAACCUGUAUCUGAAUGGGAAGAAUAUGCAGUGUCCAGCCUCAGGCAUUCGAGGGACUGUGUUCCCGGUUGUUUACGUGGAUGACAGUGCUAUCAUAGACUGUCAGUUCAGCGACUUCUACUACACUCCUCCUCAAGGCUGUGAGAAGAUCCUGUUUGAACAGCAGAUCUUUUGAGUCUUCUGCUUCAUAUGCACUUGCAGAGAAGCCAUCCUCAGGGCUUUAAGGAAAGAGCUGAUGGUGGAAAUGUGUUGCACUGCUCUGUCGUGUUGUUUAUGCCUUCUCUGUUGCUGCUGCCGCCGUCUUGAUCGCCAGGAGACAAGCCAGGUGUUUGUAUGUGAAAAGAAAUUGACCAUUUUAAAUAGUGUACACACACUCAGCCAUAAACAGUUUGAAUGUCAAGUUAAGUGUGUGUGUGUGUGUUUUAAAUGUAAUGUAGCCUGUACACCUGGGGGCUUUAGUGUUAGUGUGUCACAACUGAGUUUCUCCUCCAGAUUCUUUGGUUUCUCUAAAUGUUCCCUAUGUGUCCCGUCCUGUAUGUGUUGCUGAAUUGCUCUCAGUGUUCCCCAGUUAGGCUCCGGGUCCACUGAAACCCUGACCAGGAUCUGCAGUUAUUGAAGAUGAAUGAAUGACAGAAUUAAUUAUUUCCUACAUUUUUGUGUCAUUUUAUAUACCCAGGACAGGAACUUUUAUUUAUUUAUUUUUUUUAUAUAUUUUUACAACACUGUAGUAGGUCCCCUGGUGUAAAAAAAAAAAAACAUUGUCUGAAAAAAUGAUUGUCUUUUAAGUUUGCACUAUUUAUGCAUAAUCAAAGAAAUGACCAAAUUAUGUACUGCCACAAUUCCAAAUAAAAAUAAACUCAGUGUAUGAAACUUGUACACAGGUUUGAAUAUGUAUAGAUUCAAUCAGACUCCAGUAAAUGUUAGAGGCUGAAGAAAAAUUAAGCAAUUUUCGUGUUCUGAUAGUGAUGCUUGAAAAAAAAGGGUCCUAGCAUUGAUGUGGAUGAUGCCUAACACCUACCUACACAUUUCUGCAGACCAAGUACAUCCCUUCGUGGCAACGGUGUUCCCUAAAGGCAGCGGCCACUUUCAGCAGGAUAAUGUGCCCUGUCACACUUUCUCAAAAAUUGUGCAAGAACAAUUUGAGGAACAUGACAAAGAGUUCAAGGUGUUGACUUGGCCUCCCAAUUCCCCAGAUCUCACUCCGAUCAGAGCAUCUGUGGGAUGUGCUGGACAAACAAGGAGACCCCACCUCACAACUUACAGGAUCUGUUGCUAAAGUCAGAAUCCACAGCACACCUUCACAGGUCUUGUGGUCCAUGCCUCAAAGAGUCAGAGCUGUUUAAGAAGCACAAGGAAACCUACACAAUAUUAAGCAGGUGGUUUUGUUAUAGCUGAUUUGUGUAUAUUAUGGAUAACUGGCAGAAUCUGAGGUGACCUUCACCAAAUAUUACAGAAAAUUGUCUUAAAAAUCUUCGACACCCAUGUGGAUAAUAGGGAAAGGGAAAAGGAAAAUGAAACUGCCAAGCAACCCGAUCCUCCCUUCUAUCCCAGCAAUACUGAGUAAUACCACUUUAAGUGCAUGGCACAAGUUAAAAGGGCUUUGUGAUUUUUUUGGUAACUUUAAAAUCUGCAUUAAGGGCAGCAGAAUGCUCAAGAAUAAAUCAACCAAUGUCCCUAACACAACUCCACCAGAGAGCACCCUUCAGGUCUUCAGACCACCUGUAACCUUUCCUCUCAGAUCAGAGGAGCAGUGGAGCUACAUUCCCAGAGUGCUGAGCCUUACACGGCCACUGAGAUUAUUACAAUAAUAAUUUUGAUUAGUAGCCACUGCUUGUGACCACAGGUGAGGACAAAGAGGCAUAAAAUAAACACAGUGCUUCAUCUGGUGCUCCAGGUCCACCACAG